AAUAAAUGUUGAUGGUCUUUUGGUGUAUUUCCCAUACGAAUACAUCUAUCCCGAGCAGUAUAAUUAUAUGCUAGAGUUAAAAGCUACUCUCGAUGCCAAAGGUCAUGGAGUACUAGAAAUGCCUUCCGGAACCGGGAAGACGGUUUCCUUAUUAUCUCUAAUUGUGGCAUAUAUGAAAGCGCGCCCGGGAUUUGUCGAGAAAUUUGUUUAUUGUUCACGCACUGUGCCGGAACUCGAGAAGGUCAUUGAGGAAAUGAAGGUCCUUGACAAAUAUUAUGCUAACGAAACUGGAUCUUCUAACUGCGGCCUUUUAGCUGUCGCCCUCAGUUCACGAAAAAACCUCUGUAUUGAGCCCUCAGUUCGAAGAAUAGGUGAUGGGGCCGCCGUUGACACUGCCUGUCGUAAAUUAACUGCUAGUUUUGUUCGACGUCACCGUCAGACCGACACUUCAGUUCCUGGCUGCUCCUUUUAUGAGGAAUUUGAUUUGCACGGUCGUGAAGAGGUUCUUCCUGUAGGCGUUUACAAUCUGCUUAUUCAUGCAAAUAUUGUCGUAUACAGCUACUAUUACUUGCUUGACCCAAAGAUCGCGUCUCUUGUUUCUAGCGAAUUCCCCAAAAAUACCGUCGUGGUGUUUGAUGAAGCCCAUAAUAUUGAUAAUGUAUGUAUCGAGUCUAUGAGUUGUGUUAUAUCGCGUCGCUCCCUCGACCGUUGCAACCAAGGAAUCGAAAAGCUGUCAGCCCGUGUGGCUGAAGUGAAAAAGCACGACGCAGCUAAACUUCAACAGGAGUACAAUCGUUUGGUCCAGGGCCUUCGUGAGGCCAAUAAAUCCCGAGAAACUGAUGUUGUUUUGGCUAAUCCAAGUAAUCUCUGUGCACCUCUAAACACAGUCAAUUAUUUAGCUUUGCCUGAUGAAAUUCUGAAUGAAGCAGUACCAGGAACCCUUCGUAGUGCAGACAGCUUUAUCAGUUUCCUUCGGAGGCUACUGGAGUACGUAAAGUUGCGUCUCCGUGUAGCUCACGUGGUUCACGAAACACCUGUAGCGUUUCUCAAGGACUGCCUAGAAAAAGUCUGUAUUGACCGUCGUCCUCUAAGGUUUUGUUCAGAGCGCCUGCGUUCCUUGCUGGACACGUUGGAGUUCGCAGAUCUCGGGGUAUUCUCAGGGUUAACACUUCUGUGUAAUUUCGGAACAUUGGUUUCGUCCUACACUCGAGGUUUUUGCGUUAUCAUUGAGCCGUUUGACGAGCGUUCUCCCACAGUGAUCAACCCCAUCCUCUACUUCCACUGCAUGGACGCCAGCUUCGCCAUACGCCCCAUUUUCGACAGAUUCAACAGCGUCAUUUUAACGUCCGGGACGCUGUCGCCGCUAGACAUGUAUCCACGGAUUCUCGACUUCCAUCCCGUCAACUCCGCCUCCCUCACCAUGACACUCGCGCGAAAUUGCAUUUGUCCAAUGAUCGUCUCAAGAGGAAGUGACCAGGUGGCCAUGACAACUAAAUUUGAAAGCCGCGAGGAUUUGGCUGUGACGCGUAACUACGGCCACCUCCUGGCUGAAAUGGCAAGCAUAGUUCCAGACGGAAUUGUGGCCUUCUUCCCGAGUUAUCAUUAUUUGAACCUCAUUCAGAAAAUCCAACAACACAAACUCCUCUUCGUGGAAACUCCCGACAACGAUGAGACGAGUUUGGCUUUGGCCAAUUACCAGAAGGCCUGUGAAAACGGACGCGGCGCAGUCCUCCUCUCUGUGGCCCGGGGAAAGGUCUCAGAAGGCAUCGAUUUUGAUCACCACUUGGGUCGAUGCAUCAUCAUGUUCGGCGUGCCCUACGUCUACACUCAAAGCCGCAUCUUCAAGGCGCGCUUGGACUACCUCCGUGAGCAGUACAACAUUCGUCCCAAUGAAUUCAUCACCUUCGACGCAAUGCGACACGCUGCGCAGUGUCUAGGUCGAGCCAUUCGGGGCAAAUCUGAUUAUGGAGUAAUGAUUCUUGCCGACAAGAGGUACGCCCGAUCCGACAAGCGUUGCAAAUUGCCAAGCUGGAUUCAGGCCCAGUUGAGCGACGCCUUCGUGAACCUCUCGACAGAGGAGGCGGUGCAGGCGAGCCGUCGGUUCCUGCGUGUCAUGGGGAGUCAGCCCUUCAGGCGUGAGGACCAGUUGGGCGUCGCCCUGCUCACUCGCGAGCACAUCGAGGCCCUGGUCAAGGAGCGCGCGCAGGCUGCGGUCAUCGAGCGCUACAGCAGCUCAACCACCGCCGGCAAUGCCGCCUCCGGCGUACCUGGCAGCGUCCUCCCCCAGCUUUCUACGGCACUCCCACCCACCCACCAGCACCAAUACUAG